AGGUGAAAUGUUGUCAAAUGUGUUUCUCUCCUUUAUGCUUUCAUUUAAUAAUUGUAACAUUUGUAUUUGAAGCAUUUUAUUGUUUAGGUUUACUCCUCAGCUACAUUUAAAUUGCUGAAUGUGUUAAUGUCGGUUUGUUGAGCAGGAACCAGAAGUGUAAGAAAUGAUUUAAUUAGUGAUUUAAAGAAACUUUUAUACAAUAAAAGUAGAAAAGCCUGAUGUUUAACUUCAUUGCAAGCAAAAUACAGAAAUAUUAUCAAGUAAGUACAAUUCAGAAAAAUAUUUCUGGAUUGCUAAAUGCAUAAAUGCUAAAGUAGCAUUUUAAUCUCAUCCUGGAGGCUGUGUAUUUUAAUUACAUAUCCAGUUUGGGAGUUUAAUCUUGAACUUCAUCGAGAAGUUCAAGAUUAACCCUAAUCCUAACACAUUUUGUAUUAUGUAAAGUUUUUUCACUGUUAAGUAACUCCCUUAUAUGUAGUUGUGUGUGUGUGAAGUAACAUUCUCGAGUGAAGUACAAGUACUGUGAUUCAUAGUUACAUUACAAGGUUUAGAAAUACCUUAAGUAAUAUCCAGUUUGUAAAAGUACAUUUUGUGUUGCAGGUGAAAAAUAAAUCAAGAAAUCUGACCCGAUAUGAAGAAGACAAGGUCUUUCCUCGUGUUGCUCGCAGGUCUGACUUCCCUUAGCCCCUGCCUUCCUCUUCAGUACCACUUCAUCAGUGCCGCUGUGCCCUGGUUUAAAGCCCAGACAUACUGCAGAGAGACGUACACUGACUUGGCCACCGUCUUUGACAUAGAGGAUAUGAACCGGCUGGUGAACACAGCUCAGGACUCGUCUGGUGGCUUGACAAAGAAGGCCUGGAUCGGGCUGCACGAUAACCUCACCAGCUGGAGAUGGUCAUUUGCAGACAGAAGUUACUACAGGAACUGGGAUUUUAAUCAGCCUGACAACUUCCUCGGGGACCAGAUGUGUGUGAAGAUGUUGAGUGGAGGAGUGUGGGAGGACUCGAAUUGCCUUUUGAAAAACCCCUUCAUCUGCUAUGAUGGAAAUGCCUAUUCCAAAGUGCGUUUCAUUUUUAUUGCGCGGGAAAUGAGCUGGCCUGAUGCUCAGCUGUACUGCAGGAGGCAGUACACCGACCUGGCUAGUAUUACAGAAGAGAGGGAGAAUAAGCAAAUACAGGUUUUGACCAACAAGACGACCGUAUGGAUCGGCCUCUACAGGACUCGGGAUUGGUCAGAUCGAAGUGAGUCCGCCUACCGCUACUGGGACGUCAGACAGCCUGAUAAUGUUGGAGGGAAGCAGAACUGCACUGCCACUAAUCUGGGCAACGCAGGCCGAUGGUCGGAUGAAGAGUGCAGCACGGAGCUCUCAUUUGUCUGCUUUAGGAGAAAUGAGAGUCCUUCAUCUGAGCCGCCUUCAACUACACCGAUGGACCAAUAUACAGCCGUUACUGAUCACACUCCACAUGAGACCUUUGUUGUCUUCACCUCGUCUGAGCAGCCUUCAAGUGCAGAAGUGCAUCAAACAACUUCCAUUCCUGAGAGUCCUUCAUCUGAGCUGCCUUCAUCCACACAGCUGGAUCGACCUAUAGAUCUUACUGAGGAAACUCCACUUUUGUCGAGCACCACCACUGCCACUGGAGAUAAAAUAACUAUAACUGAAAGAGACUCAAGCAGAACAGUGUUUACCUAUUCUGCACAGUUUGAAACCACAGAACUGGAUCAAACUGCAUCCACUCCCGACCACGUGAUUCACCUGAGAAUGACGUUCACCUCUACGACACAACUGAGUGAAGAUGACAUCAGAGAUUUGGCGUUAGUUCAGUUCCAUGAAGUGCUGCAAACGAAGAGUCUUCAUGUGAGCGUCAAGCUGAGGCUGAGGAAACCACAGACAUGACAACCACAGGCAUGAUGAGGAAACCACAGACAUGACAACCACAGGCAUGAUGAGGAAACCACAGACAUGACAACCACAGGCAUGAUGAGGAAACCA